ACACACAAAACCAUAAGGUCCCUGUGCUUAUAAAUACUCCUUCGAAUCAACUCGAUUUCCUCAUCCAAUCAGAUAUCAAGUUUAUUGAGUAUAAGUGUUUAUCAGCAGCAUCUCAGUUUCAUUUUUCUGAAAAUGUCGAGCCGUAGUUGCAGCGGAGGUAAGAGUUCAUGGAGCGAAUUAAAUGGCAUUAACGGGGACCUAGCAGCACAGAUCAUCGAAAGAGAAAACACAAGCGUGAAUGCUGUUGUAGUUUCAGAAAAUACGCUUGGUACAACGGAUUUCAACUGCUUUAGGGUCAGGGUAAAAGUUGAUAGCAAUGGCAUUGUCACUUCCACCCCAAGAAUCGGUUAAUCAGCAGCAGCAGCAGCCUAUUAUGCGAUUUAACCAGACGGAAAUUGAUUGAUGUGAUUUUUCUUCUCAACUAUUACACAUUGUUGUAUUUAUGGAGUGUUGCUCAAAAUUUGUUAUUUGUGUCUUUAUCAUCUAAUGCAUUGGUUGUGUGUCUGUUUGGUGAUGUAUCAUAUACUGUAUUUAUUAUCUUUAAAUUCCUGUACCCGGUGUGAAAUGAGACUGAUUUUAAGAA